ACGCAGCAGUUUUAGUCUCUCCCAGUACAUUAUCCGUUUCGGGCGCGUAUGCAGAGAAACGUUAAUUUUUCUUUGCGUGCAAUAUUUCCUGACACUUUUCGGAGUAUAUUUGUGUGUGUUUUAUGAAAAAAGAAGUCGGUAAUAAAUUGAGGUAGUAGUCAUAAUUCUUUGUGGCACAAGGAAACGAUUCACUCUCGGCCGCGGACGAAGGUUAACUUGUAGCGAUCGUGCGCUUAGUUCAAUUCCUACCAUCAGAGACGUUCCUUCCAGUGCAAGCACAGUGGUACUAAAUUAUCAUCGUUGAUUGAAUCAAGUCCAAUUCAAUCGAUUAUCUAAAAAGGGAGGAUCAUAAAACACGACGAGGUGAGGUGAUACUAGUUUGCUUGGCGAAACUCGCGGAGGAAAAAUGAUGAGUACACUGGCAUCUCGGUUCGCUCCCCGGCUAGGGAAGUCGGCUGCUUCCGCGGCCGGCUCCCAGGUGAACAACUACUACACCUACUCGAACCAGAUUUCUCAACCGCUCGAACGGAAGCCAACCUACACUACGGCCGAGGAAGCGGUCAAAGUCAUCAAGUCAGGCCAAACUGUCUUCGCGUCCGGUGCGGCGUCCACUCCCAUCCAUUUGCUGAACGCAAUGACUGACCAUGGCAAGAACAACAACCUGCGUGACAUUACCGUGGUGCACAUGCACACCGAAGGGCCGGCAAGCUAUUGCGCCCCCGAGCUGAAGGAUAUUUUCCGCUCCAAGUCCACCUUCAUGGGUGGAAACGUGCGAGCAGCCGUCGCCGAGGGCCGUGGCGAUUCCAUUCCGAUCUUCUUGCACGAAAUUCCGAUCCUGUUCCGUCGCAAGCUUAUCCAACCGGAUGUGGCCAUCGUGUCUGUGUCGCCGCCUGAUCAGCAUGGUUAUGCCACCCUUGGCACCAGUGUCGAUUGUGUUCGUGCGGCACUGGAAAACUCCAAGGUCAUUAUUGCCCAAGUCAACAAGCAGAUGCCACGAACGUUCGGGGAUGCCAUAAUCCAUGAGUCGCAUUUUGAUUACGCGGUCAACGUUGACAUCCCCCUGCCGGAGCACGGAGGCAAGGGCAUGAGCGAAGUUGAAAGCAAUAUCGGCAAACUUAUUGCUGAAAAUCUAGUCGAAGACGGCGCAACGCUGCAGAUGGGCAUCGGCAACAUUCCAGAUGCGGUCCUGAAUGCAUUACACAAUCACAAGGAUCUCGGAAUCCACUCGGAGAUGUUCGCCGGCGGUGUUGUUGAUCUAGUCAGAAAGGGAUGCGUCACUAACGAUAAGAAAACGUACCACCGAGGCCGCAUUGUCGGGUCUUUCAUGAUUGGUACCAAAAAGCUGUACGAUUUUGUGGAUAAUAAUCCUUUCAUCGAAAUGCUGGAAAUCAACUACGUUAACAAUGUGGGCAUUAUUGCUCGCAAUCCAAAAAUGACCGCCAUCAACUCUGCCAUCGAGGUGGAUCUGACUGGGCAGGUAUGCGCCGACUCCAUCGGAACACGCAUGUACUCCGGUUUCGGUGGUCAGGUCGACUUCAUCCGUGGUGCCGCCGAAGGAUUCGACGGCAAGGGCAAACCGAUCAUUGCUCUGUCAUCGGUGACCAACAAGGGACAGAGUAAAAUUGUGCCGAUGCUUAAACUCGGCGCCGGUGUCGUGACAUCUCGCGCUCACGUCCACUACGUGGUCACGGAGCAUGGUAUUGCUAAUCUAUUCGGCAAAACGCUGCGCCAGCGUGCCUACGAGCUGAUUCAGAUUGCGCAUCCGGAUCACCGCGAAGCCCUGGAGAAGGCUGCAUUUGAACGGCUGAAGACUAUGCCGACGCCAAACUAAACGACCUCGUUAGGAAUUUAUCUUUUUUAUGUAUGCUUUGUUUCCAUUGGAUGUUAAAUUUUUUUUAUGGUUCGACCAAAAUUGUUCAGGCAAAAAAAAUCUUGUUUUAGUUCGUUGUAAGAGCAGAUAGUGGGUAAGCAUUCUCGGAAGGGGGAGAAAUUUUACUAACAAAACAUUGCCGCAGCAGAUCGCGAAGGGGAAUUCCACAAACACAAAUGAUUGUUUUCGGCAUGUGUACCGUUGAGAUACCAUGUAAUCGUACUAAGUAGUCAAAUUGAAAGAAAAAAUAGGCUUACAUAGCUGAUCGCAUCAAACAAAAUCAUCUAUCUCCAAAAUGUGCAUUGUGUAAUUUGUAAGGCCCAGCAGUAAAUCCUGUGAAACGGUAAGCUGCACAAUAAUCAGCACAUGGUUAAGCAACACACUUAUACAGAAGAAGCCUUAAGCGAUAAUGAAAACCAAUAAAUUGCUAUUGUAUCACUAGUA